CAAACUUCCGUUCGAGUCAGUCGGUCAAAAACCAUGAAAGCUGUUAGUCCAGUGUAAAGUUAGGCGCAACUUAUUUGCAGUCUUGGUAAAUUGCAUCAUUUAAUGACUUUUUAGACAGUGCUUAUAUAUUUGUUUUGACGCAACCAGAGAAAAAUGAGGGGUAAUCGUGAAGUGGAGUUUCAGGAGGAUUUCUACAUCCCUGUCCCUCUGGACACCAACAACAUAACAAGCCUCAGUCCGUUCCUGGUUCCCCAGGACCAUUUAGGGAGCCGGGGGCUCUUUUAUUCAAUGUCAGCAUUUAUGUUUUUCUUGUUUGCGGCUGGCACAUUCAUUAACGUCCUCACUAUUGCAUGUACUGUUCAAAACAAGAAGCUGCGGUCUCAUCUGAACUACAUCCUGGUGAACUUGGCCGUGGCGAACCUUCUUGUCGCCGCUGUGGGCUCCUUCACCUGCUUCUACUGCUUUGCCUUCAGAUACAUGAUUCUUGGUCCGCUGGGGUGCAAGAUUGAAGGAUUUACAGCAACUCUUGGUGGCAUGGUGAGCCUAUGGUCUCUUGCCGUGAUAGCAUUUGAGAGAUGGCUGGUGGUUUGCAAACCGCUCGGGAACUUUGCCUUCAAGUCCCAACAUGCCAUAGCCUGCUGUGCAAUAACUUGGGUUUUUGCUUUGGCCGCUGCUCUUCCUCCUCUGGUGGGAUGGAGUAGGUACAUCCCAGAGGGUAUGCAGUGCUCCUGUGGACCGGACUGGUACACCACAGGCAACAAAUUCAACACAGAAUCUUAUGUGAUGUUUCUCUUCGGCUUCUGCUUCGCUGUCCCUUUCUCUACCAUCGUCUUCUGCUACUCACAGCUGCUUUUAAUGCUGAAAUCGGCAGCGAAGGCUCAAGCUGAGUCAGCCUCCACCCAGAAGGCAGAGAGGGAAGUGACCAGGAUGGUGGUCGUCAUGGUGCUGGGCUUCCUGGUGUGCUACCUGCCUUAUGCCACCUUUGCUCUUUGGAUUGUCAACAACCGCGGGCAGCCGUUCGACCUGAGACUGGCAACCAUACCCUCCUGUGUCUCAAAGGCCUCCACAGUCUACAACCCAAUCAUCUACAUCCUCCUCAAUAAGCAGUUCCGCUCAUGCAUAAGGAAGAUGUUGGGGAUGAGUGGAGGCGACGAUGAGGAUUCAUCAACAACUCAGUCAGUCACGGAAGUCUCUAAAGUCGGACCUGCUUAGGCUUUUCACCCUUAAUUUUGACGGAAACAACGCUGAUUAUACUGAUGAAAUACAGAUGAUGAAAUAUUGUUUUUAUUAUACUUACAGAUAAAGAGUUUUAUGCAAAGAAAAAAUGUUUUAAAAAAAAAUUAUUAAACUGCAAAUAUGGAGAAACAAAUAAAUGAUUCCAGGCAA